ACAUUCUCUAUUUCUCUUUUUGUCUCUCUGUCUGAAUUCUGUUUUCUUUUCUCUCUUCUUUUGUUUUAUGUUUUAAACCGCCGAUGAACGAUCGGAGUCUCAAAAAGUCUCUCCCCGGUAAAAGCAAUCGUCCGGCUGAUGAGAAUCUAGCUCUCUUCUCAGUCAACCGUGAGGCCUCUUUGGAUGUUUUGUUUAAACUAGGAAGAGAACAAGCUAAAGUUGCUAAGCCUGAAGCUGAGGAUGUGAAGAAACUUGGAAAUGACUCGCUUUAUACUAUUCCUGAAGUUCCAUUGGGAACUCUCUCUAGAUUGGUUCUAGAAGCUAGAAAUACAACUUUUAAGCUUCAUUCCAUUUCUACUACAAGGGCUACUUCAAGGAGCGAGACCGAGAGCGAUCCAUCGUCAAGACCAACUAGAAGCGGUUCAACAAUUCGUCCUUCCAACAUUCCCACUCUCAGAUCCUCUUCUGCCCCCAAGAAGACGACAACUGCAACUUCAGCUUCUGUUUCUACUCCAAAGAGGACUGUCUCUCGAUCUUUAACUCCCGUAUCACGCAAAACCCCUUCACCUUCUUUAACUCCUUCAAGAACCAGUACAACUACUUCAACCACUCCUUCCUUCAAAAAAUCUGGAGACGCUCAAAGAUCAAGAUCGUUGACUCCAAGGUCAAAGCCUCAGGUUUCUGAAAAUUCAAGUAAGAGCAAUGUGCGUUCUUCCUCUGUCUCAUCACGCGGAUGUGUCCGUCGUGAUGGAUGCACAUCAGCUUCAACAACACCUCAGACACCGCCAAGAAUAAAAGAAACAGUCACUCUAGCGUUUGGUAGACCAGUGGGGAAUGUUAAUUCACCAAAACGGAACACUUCCCCGGAUGUUACAAAAACAAGGCCUAAAGGGCGCUCUGCUUCACCUUCUCUGAUUCCUACUUUUUCAGGCGCCUCACAUACAACAUCAACUCCCAAGUCUGUAAAGCCAUCUGCAACUGUUGCGGAUUCAACAAGGUCAGGAAGGAAAUUGCCAAGAGCUUCGGUUCAAAUGGCUAUCAAUCACUUGGACGUGGCAAGAAAUGGUAAAGUUGGAAAACAUGCGUUUUCAAGCACAACGUUGUACCCACACAGCAUCAGAUCUUCCUCGGGUUUGAGAAAGCAGUGUGGUAGUAGUGAAGGCAGCUGCAGCAGCAGCAACCAUGAAGAGGAAGAAGGAAGAAGCUUAGCCAAAGAAGGAGAUAAUACAGAGAAUAAGAACGAUAGUGCUCGUUAUGACGCAUUCUUGAAUGUUAAAGAUGUGAAAGAUACAAACUGGCUACUCAACAUUGAUGAUGAAUCUCAUCAUUCUCUCAUCUUCGACAAUGCUUUCGACUCUCCUCCUGACCUCUUCUCUCCACGUUAACUCUUUUUUUUCCCUUUGUUUGUUAGUUUAAAACAAGAGAGCUACUUGGAAAAAUAAUCCUGUUUCACUCUUUCUAAAAUUUCAUGCAAUCAAGAGAAAAAGAAAAAAAAAAGAGUUAUUCUACUCGUUGUGUUUUUCUUUCAAAAGUGUUGCUUGUAUUGAUCAACAGAAAUAUACAGCUUUGAGCUUUUUGUUAGUGAUAUACAGUGUUUUUAGAGUC